GGUUUAGGCUUCCCUUAGCUUUGCAAAAACAACUAAGAGUUUUCAUAUAGAGGCUUUCUUCUUCUUUUUGUCUUAGGAAAACUUGCCCAUUAUAAUUAUUAGAAGCUUCUUGUGUUGUUCUUGAUCUCUUGUUGUAUAAUAUGAUGAGUAAGAGGAGCAAUAGUUUUGGAAUUUUUUCUCAAAAGAAAGCAUGUGUUAAUUUUGUAGUGAAGUUGUUUGGAGUGAUGAUGUUUGUGCAAAAUGUUUGUGGAGUUGAGUUUCAAGUGGGAGGAUCAAAAGGUGUUUGGGGAGUUCCUUCAUAUCCUAAUGCUCAAAGUCUUAAUCAAUGGGCUGAAUCAAGAAGAUUUCAAAUUGGUGACUCCAUAGUGUUCAACUACCAAGGUGGGCAAGAUUCAGUGCUAUUAGUGAACGAAGAUGACUACAAAAAUUGCCACACAGAAUCACCCAUAAAGCACUUUUCAGAUGGCCACACUGUCAUCAAAUUUGAAAGAUCUGGCCCUCAUUAUUUCAUCAGUGGCAUCAAAGACAAUUGCCUCAAGAAUGAGAAAUUGGUGGUGGUUGUUUUGGCUGAUAGAUCCAAGCAAUACUCUUCUCCUCCCCCGGCUCCGGCUACCGAUUCCCAACCACCCGAAGCUUCUGUCCAGAUGAACCCAACUCCGUCCCCGAUCGCCGAGGAGCCCCCUGCUAAUAACAAUAAUAAUGGUGCAGCAUCCUCGUCUAUCGUCACCUUUGUUGGUUUAGCUGGAAUGCUUGCUACUUCAACAGCUCUUCUUUUGUAAUUGUGUAUAUUAUAAUUUGAUGGUCCUUAGGGGGGUUUUUUUUAUUUAUUUUAUAACUGGUUCGGAUUAUUUUUUAACAAGGGGUUGUGAUGUUGUAUGUGUGGUGAAGUUUGGUGUUCUUUUGGGAGUGAAUAAUAAUUUGUGUGUUGUGCCUUACUAUUUGUUUUGUUGGUAUAGAUGACAAGGAAAAAAAAAGGUUAAUUAAUAAUCAUGGGUAGUAGGCUUAAAAGAAAAGCCCUUGUUUGUAUGUGUUUAUGUACUCAAAUAAAUGGAUUUCAUCAAAAUUGAAAAAGGGAAAGGAAACAUAUAUGCUUUAUAUUUU